UGUGUAUCAGAGAUGACAUCAAACAUACUUAGAGCAAGUGCUGCAUUGGAGAAUCAAUUGAGACGAAAGACAUAUAACUUGUCAACGUCGAUGUUGUCAGAGUUUGGUGGACGCACUGGUAUAAUACCAUUUGAAUCAAGUUCAAAGGAUAUAAUAGGAAUGGCAUUGGUUGACAAGACAAUUGAACCACCCAUACGUAUAAUGUCAUACGAGCUUCAGACCUUUGACAACAACUAUCUCAAACAUUGUAUCGACGAUGCACUUCAGUAUCGCGAGGCAAUGAGCAAGCAAGGCAAACUAGACAUUGGACCCAAGGCAGCAUACAGGAUAAUCAACGAGUGUGGCGAUGGUAUGCCAGGUAUAACAGUCGAUGCAUACGCAGACUAUCUUCAAGUCAUUACUCAUUCCGAACAUUGGUGUAAACACUUGAACUAUAUUACAGACUAUAUUAUGCAUCAGACUGGCAAGAAGGGAGUGUAUUGGAGAUCAAAGAUUAAGGGACCAUUGAACUUGUUUAGCAAGCAUUAUAAGGGCGACAAGCUGAAACGCUACCACCCGGACGAACCUUUCUCUUUAGUGAUCGAGGAGAAUGGUAUGAAGGUUGGCAUCAACCUGGAGGACAUCACAUCGUCUGGCUUGUUCAUGGAUCAACGUGCCAAUCGCCGUUACGUCACAUCAUUGUUUGACGACCGCGACUCUGGCUCAAUCAUGAACACCUUCUCGCAUACUGCCACCUUCUCAUUGGCACCCGUGCUUGGCGCACAGAAGAUCUCUACAUACAGCAUUGACAACUCGCGUAUAUACAACACGAUGGCCAGGAAGAACUUUGAACUCAAUGGAGUCUCAAUGAACUUCCAUCAGAUCAUGGAGAAGGAUGUGUUCUCAAAGCUGCUCGACAUCAAGGACAAGAAUCUUGGCUUUGACGUCAUCAUCAUCGACCCGCCUUCCGUGGCCAACGGUCUGCGCUUUGGCACAUUUACCACAAAGAACAGAUAUCGCGAGCUACUGGAGAUGGCCAUGCCAAAGCUGAACGACGGAGGAUACAUUGUUUGCUUUGCAAACACACGUGGCCUGCGUGAGGAGCAAUGGCUGCGACAGCUGGGCAUCGUGGAUUACAUGGCCGAUUUGAACAAGACAUCACCGGCGGACCAAAACAACAUUGACGACGAUACAUUUGAGGACGAGGACGAGAUUGAGGGCAACAGAGAGUUCGCACCAAUCUCAAAGAUGGCCAAACAUACAUCGCCAACGCUACCAUUCCAGCGAUUGAAUGGAUUCAAGAUGAUGCAAUCACUCGAGCAGGAUGUGGACUUUAGAUAUAGAGUGGGAGACGAGCGAGUUGGCAAGCAUCUCAAGGGUGUAGUACUAAAGCACAAGGUUGACUAUAGUGCAUCCAAGUACAAGUCACCGCCCAUAGAGUUGGAUGCCAGAGGUAACAAGAGAAAGAAGAAGGGUAAUGUU